AUGGAAGAUAACUCCUACUUUGAUGAGGUAGAGAAGCUGCUGGAAAAUAAAAGUAAGAACAAGGAGGAGGAAGAGGAAAAGAAGCAGAAUGGAGUUGUACAAAAUAGUCGCAGGAAAAAGAAAGAAAUAAAGGGAAGGGCAACGAAUGGAAAAUCGGACAACCGCAGUGACAACGAGACGGUGGGGAAGGAUCAAAAGGAGGAAUAUGGAAAUGGAAAUGGAAAUGACGAGGACGAACAUAAUGACAACGAACAGAAUAAUGACAUGGACAGCACGCGAGAUGACGAAUCCGUUGUGAAAAAAAAUUCCCAUAAGAAAGAAUUAAAUGGGGGAAGGAGAAGGGGUAAAGGAGGAAAAAGUGACCCGCAGGGUGGCAAAAAUAAGUCCAGAGCGAAGAGGAGGGGAAGCCAAGGUGGAAGUAGUGGGGAGAGAAGCAGAGGUGGUGGCAGCGAUGUUACUAGUGAAAAUGGCAGCGAAGAAGAAAGCGUAGAUGAAGCCCCGAAUGGUCGUGCCCAUGAGGGGGGGCGUGGCAGCGCUCGCGGCAGUGGUGACAGGCACAAAGAGGCUAAGACGAAGAGGAGUCGCUCCAGGGAAGCAAAUCGGGCCAGCGGUAAUGAUAGAAAGAAAAAAAACAGAGUGAGAGACACACCCAGUGAUAGCAUUGUGGAAAAACGCAAAACGUAUUCAUCGGAGGAGUCUAGUAGUGGGCACAAAGGAAGAAGGAAAAGACAUAAAGAUAGGGAUAGCCCCGUGAAAUCGCCCAGGGAAAUGUCCCAGUCGAAGUCUGGCGAAAGUGAUGACGAGGUUGAGUUGGAAGGUAAGAGACGAAGUAAAAGAAAGAGUGCAACAGAGACAGGAAGAAGGAAAAAAGGUCACGAGAAAAAGGAUCAGAAAAACAGGGCUCGGCAAUGUGACUCAGAGAACGAAGCAGAAACUGACCGAGAGGAGACGAAUGGGGAAGACACCAACAGUGAUGCGGAGAAUAGUGACCAAACGGAGAGUGGCCAAACGGACAGUGACGAAACAAAAAACGACGAUGACAGCGACAGUGGAAAGGAUGCCGGCAGGAGGAAGCGCAGCGGCAAAGUGAAAACUGUCGGCAGGAGGAGUGACAAUAGGGGACGCCAAAAAAAGGCAAAAUCCGAGUGGGAGGACGAGUCAAAUUUGUCCACAGAUUCAGAGCGUGGCGAAAGGGGAAGAAGAGGAAGGGGGAGAGAAAAAGAAAGAGGAGAAGCAGGGGUAAGCGGAAAAGCAAGAGGAAGAGGAAGCGCAGGAGGGAGUGUGAACUCGGACCAGGAGGAAGAGGAAAACAGAGAAAUUAGCGAAAGUCGAGACGAUCGGGAGAAGCAAAGGAGGAGACAUAGAAGGAAGACCCCCAGUAUUGAACGGGUUUCUUCCAGUAAAAGGAAAGCUUCCUAUCGAGAUGACAGCAAUGAUGAGGGUGACGACGCUGAUGAGAUUGGCGACACUGAUAAGGAUGGCGACGAAUCCGAUGGGGAGCGCUCCGGAGGUGAUGACGCAAAAAAGAGAAAGAGAAAAAAAAAGAACGAUAAAGAAAAUGAGAGAAAAAGAGCAGAACGAGAUGCGUCGUCCAGUGGAAGCUCCUCUAGUGGGGAAGAAGACACUCGAAGGAAACGGAAAAGGAGAAAAGCCAGUUCUAGUAUGAGCGGCUCAGAUUCCAGUGAUGGGGAGGAGCGCGACCGCAGGUCAAGAAGCCGAAGAAGGAGGAAACGAGAGAGGCACGAUCUGGAAAGGAGGGAAAGACAUCGUGAUAGGGAGAGGGAGCGUGAAAAGGAAAGGCAACGUGAAAGGGAAAGGGAGCGUGAAAGGGAAAGAGAGUGCGCGUGGGAACAAAUUCGAAAGGAGCGCGAACUCGAGCGAGAACGGCAAAGAGAAAAACUGAGGAAGGAGAAAGAAGAAGCAAGAAUUAGAAGAGAAAAAAGAAGAGAAGAAAAAAGAAUAAAGAAGGAACAAGAGGAAGCUAAGAGAGACGACCUAACUGUUCUGGUACUCAACUUAGACCUAAAGGCAGAUGAAAGAGACAUAUAUGAAUUUUUUUCAGAGGUUGCUGGAAAGGUAAGAGAUAUUCAGUGUAUAAAAGAUCAGAGGUCAGGAAAAUCCAAAGGAGUAGCUUAUGUAGAAUUCUACACACAAGAAGCAGUGGUGAAAGCAUUAUCGGUUAAUGGGUAUAUGUUGAAAAAUAGGCCAAUAAAAGUCCAAUCUUCCCAAGCGGAAAAAAAUCGAGCCGCCAAAGCUGCAAAACAUCAGCCCAUUGAUCCAAAUGAUAUUCCGAUAAAAUUAUAUAUUGGUGGGCUAUUAGGUGCGCUAGGAAAUAUCACGGAACAGGAGUUAAAGCAGCUGUUUAAUCCUUUUGGAGAGAUUCUUGAAGUAGAAAUUCAUCGAGAUCCUUACACAGGGAAAUGCAAAGGGUUUGGAUUCAUUCAGUUCUUUAGAGCAUCUGAGGCCAUUGAAGCUAUGGGGGUUUUAAACGGGAUGGAAAUAGCAGGGAGAGAAUUAAAAGUUAGCUUCGCCCAGGAUUCGAAAUAUAUCCUUGCAUCUGAGAAGGAGGCAAAGGACAAGCUGCUCGCAAAGCUCAUGGCGAAGAAGGCGAAAGCUGAGGAAAAGGUCGAAGAGCCUGACAAUGAGAAAAUUGACAACGAUGAUGAUGACGGAGGUGGGCUCAUUGCUGGAGCCGGAAGUAAAAUUGCCCUCAUGCAGAAGUUGCAGCGGGACACCAUCCUUGACUCGAGGAUAUCGAGCCAGUUCGCCACCGGAGCCAAUACCAUCAUCCAAUCAGCGCCGCUCGGGACUGCCCAACCAAACAUCGUCAACAACAUCACGCCCAACCUGGUUCUCUGCAACAUGUUCUCACCCAAUGACGAAAACAUCGGCUCAGACCCAGACUUCUUCACCGACAUAAUUGAGGACGUUAAGGGGGAGUGCAGCAAGUACGGAAGUGUCACCAAAAUCUGGCUAGAUACAAAAAAUAUCGACGGGAAGAUUUACAUCAAGUAUGCUAACCACGAUGAAUCCUUGAAGGCAUUUCAGUUUCUAAAUGGGAGAUACUUUGGAGGUUCACUCAUAAAUGCUUAUUUUCUGACGGCGGAGAUGUGGGAUUCGAUAUGUCGCUAG